UAAGGCACAGUGGAACCGGGCUCCUACAAUGUCUUGCAGGCAGCUACGGAAUAUUUAUCGAAUGCCCCAGUCCGCCAUAAGCUCUUACUUACUGGUUGCACUUGACUCCAGGGUGCUUCAUGGCUAGAAAGCGGCUGGCAUUAACAGGCAUCCUGGGAACGUUACCAUCACGUACACUGUUCCUCCAUACUUAUGCUUUGGAGGGGAGGUGGUUUUCGGUCGGGAAUAGCCGCAAACGCAUGGGAAGGAUGGAUUUCAUGUACAGAACUGCGGGAUGCGCAGUCAGAACCGCGCAUCUGGGCUCAGCCAAUAAGCGUUCGGCAAGAGUAACUGACGCAGCUCACCUGUAGCACGAACGGCAUAAAUUGAAUUGUUCGCAUGAAAGGCAUUUGAAGCGAUCCUUAUCGAUUGUCUUCUGACAUA